CGCGCAUGCGCAGGCGCACGUCCGGCGGGUCAGCUGAGCGCGCCGCGCUCGGGCCGCGCUGGGCCAUGGCGUCCAUCCUGGACGAGUACGAGGACUCCCUGCACCGCUCCGUGUCCGUGCCGCAGAGCCGCGCCAGCGUGGGCAUCCCGCACUCCGGAUAUGUCAAUGCACGACUGGAGAAGGAAACACCAAUAUUUAACAAGCAGAGGAUUGAUUUUGCUCCUCCAGAGAAAAUUAACAGCUUAGUGGUCUCCUCUAACCAGCUCUGUAUGAGCCUUGGGAAAGACACCCUUCUCAGGAUUGAUCUUGGGAAGCCAGAUGAACCUAAUCAGGUAGAGCUGGGACGCAAAGAUGAAGCCAAAGUCUACAAGAUGUUUUUGGACCACACAGGCUCUCAUCUCCUGAUUGCUCUGAACACCAGCGAAUGCCUUUACCUGAACAGAAGUGUUCAGAAAGUGCGGGCACUCUCCCGCUGGAAAGGACACUUGAUUGAAAGCGUGGGCUGGAACAAAUUUCUUGGUUCAGAAACCAACACAGGGCCUAUCUUGGUGGGGACAUCCCAGGGGCAGAUCUAUGAGGCUGAAAUCUCUGUCAGCGAAGGAAGCCUCUUCAGCACUAACCCUGACCAGUACUUCCGACAGGUCUACACUCUGGAGGAGGAAUCUGGACCUGCCCCAGUCUGCUGCUUGGAAAUCGAACGAGGGCUAGAAGGGAAAUUUUUUAUUAUAGCCACCACUAGGAAGAGACUCUUUCAGUUUGUUGGCAAAGUGCCUGAAGGGACGGAGCAGCAAGGCUUCAGCUCCAUAUUUGCUGUGCAUGCUGACCAUCUGCCCAGCUUUCGGGAGUUUCCAGCCAACUUGGGUUUCAGCGAGAUAGCCUUUUACACGCCAAAACUGCGUUCCAACCCACGCUCCUUUGCCUGGAUGAUGGGAAAUGGUGUUCUGUAUGGUACCUUGGAUUACAGUCGUCCUGAUUCAAUUCUGAGUGAUGAACGGGUCUGGGUUUAUCCUCCUGAUAUUGACAUAACUGUGAACAAGCCAAUAUCCAUUGUGCUUACCCAGUUCCACUUUCUGUUACUGCUGCCUGACCGGGUGAAGGCUGUCUGCACUCUGAAUGGACAGGUUGUUUUUCAGGAUCCGUUCCUGGAGAAGUUUGGCUUGCUGACACGCAUGAUUAAAGAUCCCACAGUCCAGCAGAUAUGGAUCCACACUGAGAAAGUAGUGUUCCGCUACCAUGUCCAGCGGGAAUCUAGAGAUGUGUGGAAGAUGUAUAUGAAUAUGAACAAAUUUGAUUUAGCAAAAGAGUAUUGUAAGGACCGUCCAGAGUGUCUUGACAUUGUGUUGGCCAAAGAGGCAGAGCACUGCUUCCAAAACAAGAGGUAUCUGGACAGUGCCAAAUGUUACGCACUGACCCAGAACUACUUUGAGGAAAUUGCUCUGAAGUUCAUUGAAGCCAAGCAAGAAGAGGCCCUGAUGGAGUUUCUGAUUAAGAAGCUGAGUAACCUAAAGCCUUCGGAGAAGACACAGACUACUCUGCUGACCACGUGGUUGACAGAGCUGUACCUGAACUGGCUGGGCAUAUUGCAGGGAGAUCCCUCACAGCGAAAUCUCUAUUUGGAUACGCGGGAGAAGUUCCGCACUUUCCUGAGCAGUCCUAAAAACAAAGACUGUCUUUUUAAUAAUCGGGCAUCUAUUUAUGAGCUGUUGGCAAGCCAUGGCGACACAGAGCACAUGGUCUACUUUGCAGUCAUCAUGCAGGAUUACGAGCGUGUAGUAGCUCACCACUGCCAGCAUGACGAGUACGAUGAGGCUCUAAAUGUGCUGUCCAGGCACAGAGACGAGAAACUCUUCUACAAGUUCUCUCCGGUUCUCAUCCAGCAUAUUCCCAAGAAGGUCGUUGACGCUUGGAUUUCUAUGGGCUCUAGACUGGAUGCCAGGAACCUCAUUCCAGCCCUUGUUAACUACAGCCAGAGUGCCAGCACCCAGCAGAUCAAUGAAGCCAUCAGAUAUAUGGAGUUCUGUGUCUACCAGUUGGAGGAAACCCAGCAAGCCAUUCACAACUACCUGUUGUCUCUUUAUGCUUUGUGUCGGCCGGACUCGCUGCUGUCAUACCUGGAGCAAGCAGGAACUAACCCAAACAGGAUCCACUACGACCUGAAGUAUGCACUGCGCCUGUGUGCAGAGCACGGGCACCACCGUGCAUGCGUCCAUAUUUACAAAGUGAUGGAAUUAUAUGAGGAGGCUGUGGAUCUCGCCUUACAGGUGGAUGUUGAUCUUGCCAAGUCCUGUGCAGAUCUUCCUGAAGAUGAUGAGGAACUCCGGAAGAAGCUGUGGUUGAAGAUUGCUCGCCAUGUUGUUCAGGAAGAGAAAGAUGUCAAGAAGGCAAUGGCCUGCCUCUCGAGCUGUGCUCUGCUGAAGAUUGAAGAUGUGCUGCCAUUCUUUCCAGACUUUGUCACCAUUGAUCAUUUCAAGGAGGCAAUCUGUAACUCCCUGGAGGAUUACAACAAGCACAUUGAGGAGCUGAAAAGGGAGAUGGAGGAAGCCACUCAGAGUGCCAAGAGGAUCCGAGAGGACAUCCAGGAAAUGAGAAAUAAGUAUGGCUCUGUGGAGCCUCAGGAAAAAUGUGCUGCUUGUGACUUUCCACUUCUAAACCGUCCUUUUUACCUUUUCCUGUGUGGUCACAUGUUUCACUAUGACUGUCUCCUCCAAGCAGUUUUCCCUAACCUUCCUGCUUAUAAGCAGGCAAAACUUGAAGAUCUUCAGAAGAAACUGGCAGCUACCAGCCAGCCAUCCAAGAGCCACCAUCGUCCCAAGGAUGCAGACACCAUUAGCCUGGGGAAGGGGCAGCAGAGCCGGGAACAGAUCAAAGCUGACAUUGAUGAUAUUGUGGCAGCUGAAUGUGUGUACUGUGGUGAGCUGAUGAUCCGGUCCAUUGACAAGCCUUUUAUUGAUCCCCAGAAGUAUGAAGAGGAGAUGCAAAGCUGGUUGUAAUUUUCCAAACCUUCAACUGCCAAACAAAUUGUGAAGCUUCUGUGGUGGGGAUAUAACCUCCAGGAGCAGGAAUACAGUGACUUCUGUGCAACUCUAAACAAAGGGUAGUGCAGUCUUUUUACCAUGGUUAGGGAGAACUUGUCUUGAGAAGUGGGGAGAUACAGCUGUGGUUGUCUAAGAACUUAAACAAUACUUAGAACUAACCUACUGGAAUAUAUUCAGCAGAUGUUUCUGCUUGCAGUUCUUCUGAGGUUCUCAGUGUGAAGCUAUAUGGAGUGCCUUGUUGUCCAGAAGGAAUUGGGAGCAGUCUGUGAUUUAUGUUGUGUGGUAUUUAUUUUUGUGAAGACAAGCUGAAA